UAUGUUUCCAUUUCAGUUGCGCUCGCUUCGUCGUCGCGGAUGUGCGUGUGGAGCAUUUUUGUUUAUGGAAGGUAGUGUCAACGCGUGUCGAUUUGCUGGCUGCGAAGUACGGAUUCCUAGAGCCGGUAGUCUCCUCAACUUUGUUUAUACUAUAGGCACCGAAUGUUGACAGUUUGGUGCGUGGCCUACUCCUUUUUGCGUUACGUUUGCUGAGUUGGAACAAAAGGGUAGUGUUGAUUACAAACUUGUCCGAUCGGGUUGAAGGAAAACGCCGUGCGUUUUGAUGAAUCGUGAUCAAAACUGUGCUGUAAACAAAGUGGAAGGUAUUUAAGCGAGGGAAUGGCAAAGAAGAAAUUAAAAAACACCUAGAGAAAGGAGUGAAGUAAGAAACGAAAGCAAAACUGUGAUGGGAUGAUCAUUGGUGUGUGGCACGAGUAGAACGAGGGUCCGAGCAAGCCAAGCAGCAGGGCCAGAGCGAGAGGAACAAACGGAAAAAGGUUUCGGUUGGUGGUCGCCGCAUACAGACGGAAAACGAGCACUGAAGGCGGCACUCGGAUGCACACCGUGGUCAGCCGAUUGCUGAUUUAUGGUAUUUAAUUACCGUUUGCAGGAGACUGGAAUCUCAUGAAACGUGACGUCGGGCUUCGUUACUGGAAGGGCCGCGUUGAAACUUACGAAGCAAAAAAAAGUUGUGCCAAUAAGUAGAGAGAAAAAAAUGCGCCUCUUCCCGUAUUAGGUGAACGGUUAAGAAAGCAAAAGCAAGUCGGAAAAAAUCAAGAAGCGUGCAGUCCGUAAUAGAAAACGAUCAACAAGUGUGCUUUAUGGUGGAAGAAAUUCUGAUAUGUUGAAAACAAGUGCGUUGGAAAAGGGCUAUAAAAAUAAAGUGCGUAAAGUGAAUUGUUGUGGCUAAUGAGUGGGGAGUGUUGGAAAGUGUAAAAAAAGAAAAGAAAAACGAGACCUUCAGGUUUCAGCGCGUUGUUGUUGUUGUUGUUGUUGUCGGUUGAACUCGGUCAAGUUCGAGAAAGCCAGGCGCGCGGAAAAGCGAACAAGAUGAAAGAGAAACGGCUGCACUUGUUUGCGGUCGGUGCAUUGCCAAAAAUGUAUGUCCCACUUUUGACCGGCACCUUGUUGGUGAUCCUCUUGAGCGUCGCCUCCGUUGGUGCCGCUCAACGGCAGCCGGUUUACAUCAACAAGUGCUGCCGGAUUGGCGAAUAUUAUGACGACUCCCAGCAGCUGUGCGUGGCUGGUGGUAUCGAGAAGUGGGUACCGAAGGUGUUUCUGCCGGCGAAAAACCAAAUUUAUACCGACAUCGGAAACGCUCCGUCGCACAUGAAAUUUCUGGAGAGCAAGCGGCCCGAAGGUUGUAAAGUCAGUGCCUACACGACGGACCAAAUUCUGCUGAUGGGUAACGGAUCGUUGUUUCUGAGCCAGAAGCAUGCCCUAGUUUCCCUGCCCGAGUAUUGUGUUGACGAGAAAGUGGCUCUGGUUUGCGCCCGUGACAAUGGAAUGGAUUCGCUGCAGGCACCGCUGAAAACCAGCACCGUAUGGCGCUGCUGUGGGCCGUCUUUUGCGUACGACAAGGAAAAUCAAACCUGCGUGAAGCUGAACCAAUCGCACGUGAGCUACAGCUCGAAGAUCGUCACAUCGGCCCACGUGGACCUUAGCUUCCGGUUUCCGGACUGCAAGGAGCACGCCAUUGCCGGCAUCUUCAAGCCGGAGAAUCUCAAGGCAGAAACCGGCUCGGUUACGAUUGACUCGGGAAAGAUUUUCGCUUCCCACGAGUACUGCCUGGAGCAGGCGCUUGAUGGUAAGACGGUGUACGUGUUCUCCUGCGUGGAACAUCUGCAGCCGGACUCGGUGCCGAUUAAGAAUCAGGAUGUACGAUUCGCCCUCUAUUCGGCCGGUUUGCUGAUAUCGGUUAUCUUCUUGGCGGCCACUUUGGCCACCGGUUACCUGGUGACCUCGCAGCAUCACGUCCUGCACUGGCGCUGUCAGACGCACUACGUUGCGUGUCUGCUGAUCGGCGAUCUAUUUCUGGCCAUCGUUCAGCUGUCCGGAAACUCGAUCACGGGCCCGGCCUGCACAAUGAUAGCCAUUAUGAUGCACUUCUUUUUCCUGGCGGCGUUUUUCUGGUUGAACACGAUGUGCUUUAACAUCUGGUGGACUUUCCGUGAUUUACGCCCGACGUCCCUGGAGAAGAGCCAGGAAAUUUGUCGCCUGCGGAUUUACGAGGUGUACGCCUGGGGCGUCCCACUGGUGAUUGCUGGCGUGGCUGCGAUCCUGGACAGUCUCCCGGACACCGUCUAUCUGCGGCCAAGGUUCGGCGAACGAACCUGCUGGUUCUACGGUGAUAUGGAGAUUCUGACCUACUUCUUCGGUCCGGUUGGCAUUCUGCUGUGCAUCAACCUGCUGCUGUUUGCUUCGACCGCCCGGCAGCUGACUUGUGGCCUCUGGAAACGGGACGACGUGAAGUCAACAACGGAACGUCCUGCGAAAAAAUACCGCGGUCUGGUUUCUUCUCCCUCUUACAGUGCUGCCCUGGGUCGAGUCUGCAUGAAGCUGGUGGUGGUGAUGGGCGUCACCUGGGUUGCCGACGUCGCUUCCUGGGUGUUCGGCGGUCCCGAUUACAUCUGGCUGGUGACGGAUCUGAUCAACGCACUGCAAGGGGUCUUCAUCUUCAUCGUCGUCGGCUGUCAACCGCAGGUCUGGUCCGCGAUGAAGCGCCUGUGGAACUCGAAAACGGGCCGCUCCUUCACCAACACCACCCAUGGUCCGCAGCACUCGAGCUCCUCGCACGGACUCCCGUCGAUGGGUGAAUCUGUUACGAACAACACCUGCACGAACAAUACGACCACGACGACCAACUCCCAGAACCGGGUGCCCAUGGAAACGGUCUGUUAGACUGUGGAAAACAGGAUCGCACACUGCGAAUGAGAGAUAUGUAGUAAACAAACAAUGCAUCGCAAAACUCCCAGUACUCGAGGGGGUUGGAUUUGAACUGCACUAACCUAAACACCUACGAAAGGAUACCUAAGAUGUUAUUUUUCUCCUAAAGUUUUUCUCCUCUUCUGCUUCUUCUGUCCCCGGGUGGCGCACCCACACACACCGGGACUCGCUGACUAUAGAGGCUGUAGCUGGCUUUUUUUUUUCGAGAAAUUUAGAAACGCAUUUACAGCAAAACUGCCACCACAUGAGAGUAUACAAUUCUUAGAAACGUAAGUGUAAGUUAGUAAAAGGGGCAGGAGAAACAAACAAAAACAAAUGCCAACUAGACUGGUGACGAAUGAUUAUUUGUAAGUUUUUUUUUCCUGUUUGACUAAUAACAUUUGUUGCCUUCGAGCAAGAGAAUGAAAUGAAAAGCGAAAGUAACAAUCAGUUAAAUAAUUUAGUUUUAUGUAAAUAUUUGGUUGCCCUUGCUUUGAGUAAACAAGCAAAAAAUUUGCUUCUUUUCUGUAUAUUUUUGCGACCUAACUCUUACUUUAUUGUUUUUUUUUUUUUGGUUCGGUAAAAUGUUGAGCUUUAAGUGGUAAGAUAGCAAGAGUUUCAUUCGGUUUAUUUUUGUGCCAACUGCUGGAACAAUCGGUUAACCGUUUGAAACCGUUUUAUUUUAAUUCGUUGUUUAUCUUCUGUAAAUAAUGUAAUAUUUAUGCCCUGUGUUUCAAUUUGAGCGUCAGCCGCCACAAAGGCAACUGGACAAAUACAUAAAUAGGCUAGCGCAAAGAACGUCCACUUAUUCGAGUAAAUUAACACAUACAUACGCAUAUAUACAGUAGCCUGUCGGAAGAGGUAGCUUACCCAUUUUUUGGGGGCGAAGUUUGUGGUUCGAAACUUAUAAGAAAAACUUAAUAGAUAACAAUAAAAAAUUUGACGUGUUUUUGAAGACCUUUUAAUCAACAGUUAGUUCGAUUUUUUAGAUGUUUUACUCAGCAUAAUCGUCGAAAUAUCUAACAACAGUAUAACGUAACUAAUGUAGAACACGGUAGAUCGCAGCAGGCGUUAGAGCUGUCCCACCGGUGACGCGAACAAAAAAUCGAAAACGCUCGCUAUAAAAGUGAGCAAAAUCACGACCACAAUCAGAGUCACAUGUAACCUUCGAAUGAAUAUUGUCCACCGGCAACGUCUAUCGUAAAAACUGUAAAACAAACACCACUCCUGAUUGCUAGUCUAGAAGCAACGUGAACAGUAUCACCAACAACUACAACUUUUUUCAUCUUGUUACAUCAUCAACACUCAGAUCAAUCAGUAAAAUACUAUAAUAAAUCGUAUCGUAUAUAGUUCAUUCAUUCGAAUCAAACAAACGCCAAUCUGCCGCACUAAUCGAACGAACAAACGACAACAAAUUGGCACAAAACAAAACAGCAGUAUUGGACAGUUUAGCAACAUUACAAAGUAGAUAUAUAAUAAAACUAAACCUUUAGAAUGUCGCGAAUAUAUUUAAACACAUAAACAUAUAUUCUGCAUGCUUGACGCUCUAGCAAAGGAGGAAAGUUGCGCAGCGGAAUGAAAUGGAAUUCCGCUAGCGGAAAAGUAACACAUUUGUGAUUCUCUGUGAAUACUAACUGGUAAGAACUAACAACAAGCAAAGCACACACACGAGAGAGCUUGCUCUAAGAAUGCGCUAUGACUAACAUUUUUACCGCAAGUUCGCUGCCAGUAAGGCUGGUUAGCACCGAUUAGCAAGCAGCGGCGAUUAUGAUAAUGAUGAAUAACAAUAACACACAGUCUAGGGUGUAAGAGCUAAGUAUUAUGCAAGCAAACAAGCAGUAGACCAAAUCGAAGUAAGCGUCGAAGAAAGGAAGAAUGAAAAACGAAGAAACAUGUGAACAAUAAUAACCAGAACAACUUUACUGUAAAAUAAAUUAUGAUUAAAAAAACCGAA